AUGCCAGUUGAAGAGUUAGAUGAUAAAGUAAUUUUAACAAAUCCAAAUGAUUCAUCAUCAAAAGUAACUAUUUUAAAAUAUGGAGCAACAAUAAUUAGUUGGGAAAAUAAAGGAGAAGAAAAAUUAUGGCUAUCAAAAGCUGCAAAAUUAGAUGGUUCAAAACCUGUAAGAGGUGGUAUACCAUUAGUAUUUCCAAUUUUUGGUAAACAAAAAGAUUCAAAUCAUCCAACUUCAAAAUUACCACAACAUGGAUUUGCAAGAAAUAAUACUUGGGAAUUUUUAGGUCAAACUAAUGAAUCACCAAUAAUUGUUCAAUUUGGUUUAGGACCUGAAAAUUUAAGUGAAGAAACUAGACAAUUAUGGCCUUUUGAUUUUACUUUAAUUUUAACAAUUUCUUUAGAUGAUAAUAAAUUAAAUACAACAAUUGAAGUUGAAAAUUCAGGUAAACAAGAAUUUGAAUUUAAUUGGUUAUUUCACACUUAUUACAAAGUAGAAGAUAUAACAGAUGUAUUAGUAUCAAAUUUAAUAGAUCAAAAUUGUUUUGAUCAAUUAAUUGGAGAAUCUUAUAUUGAAAAAGCUCCAGCAAUAUCAUUUCAUGAGGAAUUUGAUAGAAUCUAUAAAAAUAUAAAUGAAUCAAAAAUAAUUCAAGUCAUUGAUAAAGGUAAAGUAUUAUAUAAUCUCAAAAGAAAUAACUUACCUGAUUCUGUUGUUUGGAAUCCAUGGAUUAAAAAAUCUGAAGGUAUGGGAGAUUUUGAACCAAAAACAGGUUAUCAUAAUAUGGUAUGUGUUGAACCUGGUCAUGUUAAUUCAAUGGUUCUAUUACCACCUGGUGAAAAAUGGAUUGGUGAACAAGAAAUUUCAAUUGGUGGAGAAAUUAAAGUUCAAUCAAAUAUUUAUUAA